CUCCUCCUUCUCCUCUAGUGUCUGUGGCGCUCGCUUCCCCGUCACCCUCCCCCUCCCCAUCUUCUGCCGGGAGGAUCAAGAUGGACGGGGUGCGUCGCUGCCUGGCGAUGGACUGAGGGAGGUGAGCGAAGGACGCCGGGAAGCUGAGGCGGCCACAGCGGCGGCGGCGGCGGCGUCUGAGGAGAAAGUCUGCGGCGCCGCGGAGAGCGAGCGAGUCACUCGCUCUCGGGCAGCGGGGAGGAGGAAACAAGAGCGCGGCGGGGCCUCGCGGCGGCCUUUCCUAAGCCGCCUGACCGGGUCACCCUGCGAGGCCUGCGGCUGCCAGACAACGCGAGCGCCGCGGCCCGGCCCGGGCAAAGACUAUAGAAACCUGGGAUCUUUGCAGAGUGGAAGAUUUUUUGCACUCAAGUUAUUCUGACCAUAUUUUAAGAAUAUUUUUGGUUACUUUUUAAUUUAAGAAAAGGCAGCUCUUUAAAAUCAUGGCAGAUGUGGACCCAGAUACAUUGCUCGAGUGGCUGCAGAUGGGGCAAGGAGAUGAAAGAGACAUGCAACUAAUAGCUCUGGAGCAGUUAUGUAUGCUGCUUUUGAUGUCUGACAAUGUAGAUCGAUGCUUUGAAACAUGUCCCCCUCGUACCUUUUUGCCAGCACUGUGUAAAAUAUUCCUUGAUGAAAGUGCUCCUGACAAUGUAUUGGAGGUAACAGCUCGUGCUAUAACUUAUUAUUUGGAUGUAUCAGCGGAAUGCACUCGUCGGAUUGUGGGAGUGGAUGGUGCUAUCAAAGCACUUUGUAAUCGUUUAGUAGUUGUUGAGCUUAACAACAGAACCAGCAGAGACUUGGCUGAGCAGUGUGUAAAGGUGUUGGAACUCAUCUGUACCCGUGAAUCAGGCGCCGUGUUUGAAGCAGGGGGGUUGAACUGUGUGUUGACAUUUAUUCGUGACAGUGGGCACCUAGUUCAUAAAGAUACGUUGCAUUCUGCUAUGGCUGUAGUAUCCAGACUCUGUGGAAAAAUGGAACCUCAGGAUUCCUCAUUAGAGAUUUGUGUUGAAUCCCUCUCGAGUCUGUUAAAACAUGAAGACCAUCAGGUUUCAGAUGGUGCACUGCGUUGUUUUGCUUCGUUGGCUGACCGAUUUACACGCCGUGGAGUUGAUCCAGCGCCAUUAGCCAAACAUGGACUAACUGAGGAGCUAUUAUCUCGAAUGGCUGCAGCAGGUGGCACAGCUUCAGGACCAUCUUCAGCAUGUAAACCUGGCCGGAGUAGCACAGGAGCACCAUCUGCAUCUGCAGAUUCCAAAUUAAGUAACCAGGUGUCAACUAUUGUAAGCCUGUUAUCAACACUCUGCAGAGGAUCUCCAGUAGUAACACAUACUUUUAAUUAUUUCCAGGAUCUCCUAAGAUCUGAGCUUCCAGAUUCUAUAGAGAGUGCAUUGCAGGGUGAUGAAAGAUGUGUACUUGAUACCAUGCGUUUGGUAGAUCUCCUUUUGGUGCUACUGUUUGAAGGACGGAAAGCCUUGCCAAAGUCUAGUGCUGGAUCUACAGGCAGAAUCCCAGGAUUGCGUAGACUUGAUAGUACUGGAGACCGUUCCCAUCGGCAGCUGAUAGAUUGCAUCCGCAGCAAAGAUACCGAUGCCCUUAUAGAUGCUAUUGACACAGGUGCUUUUGAAGCAAAUUUUAUGGAUGAUGUAGGACAAACUCUCUUAAACUGGUCCUCUGCUUUUGGAACUCAGGAAAUGGUUGAAUUUCUCUGUGAACGAGGUGCUGAUGUUAAUAGGGGUCAACGGUCAUCAUCCUUACAUUAUGCAGCAUGUUUUGGAAGACCUCAGGUAGCAAAGACUCUCUUGCGACAUGGUGCCAAUCCAGAUUUGAGAGAUGAAGAUGGAAAGACUCCUUUGGACAAGGCUCGUGAAAGAGGGCACAGUGAAGUAGUGGCUAUUCUUCAAUCUCCAGGUGACUGGAUGUGUCCAGUUAACAAAGGUGAUGAAAAGAAAAAGAAAGAUGCAAACAAAGAUGAAGAAGAAACAAAUGAGCCCAGAGGUGAUCCAGAAAUGGCACCAAUAUAUUUGAAAAGACUGCUGCCUGUGUUUGCUCAAACUUUUCAACAAACUAUGCUGCCUUCAAUAAGGAAAGCAAGUCUUGCUCUCAUUAGAAAAAUGAUUCAUUUUUGUUCUGAAGCUCUUCUAAAAGAGGUUUGUGAUUCUGAUGCUGGGCAUAAUUUGCCUACUGUUCUGGUAGAGAUCACGGCUACUGUUCUAGAUCAAGAGGAUGACGAUGAUGGCCACUUGCUAGCAUUACAGAUCAUAAGAGAUCUGGUUGAUAAAGGAGGUGACCUGUUCUUGGAUCAGCUCGCUAGGCUUGGUGUAAUAAGUAAAGUCUCAACUUUGGCAGGACCAUCCUCUGAUGAUGAGAAUGAAGAAGAAUCUAAACCAGAGAAAGAAGACGAACCUCAAGAAGAUGCUAAAGAGUUGCAGCAGGGUAAACCCUAUCACUGGAGAGACUGGUCAAUCAUUAGGGGAAGAGACUGCUUGUAUAUUUGGAGUGAUUCUGCAGCUUUGGAGCUAUCAAAUGGUAGCAAUGGCUGGUUCAGAUUUAUCUUGGAUGGGAAGCUAGCUACAAUGUAUUCCAGUGGCAGCCCUGAAGGAGGAUCUGAUAGUUCAGAAAGUCGAAGUGAAUUUUUAGAGAAGUUACAGAGAGCCCGAAGCCAGGUAAAACCAUCCACAACAAGCCAGCCAAUUUUAUCUGUCCCAGGCCCAGCUAAACUCACAGUGGGGAAUUGGUCUCUUACGUGUCUAAAGGAAGGAGAAAUUGCUAUUCACAAUUCAGAUGGUCAGCAAGCUACAAUAUUAAAAGAAGAUCUUCCAGGUUUUGUUUUUGAGUCCAACAGAGGAACUAAACAUUCAUUUGCUGCUGAAACCUCUUUAGGAUCAGAAUUUGUGACUGGUUGGACUGGCAAAAGGGGAAGAAAGGCAAAAUCAAAGUCGGAAAAAACCAAACAAAAGGUACGAACUAUGGCAAGAGACUUGUAUGAUGACCAUUUCAAAGCUGUUGAAAGUAUGCCUAGAGGUGUAGUUGUAACACUGAGGAACAUAGCAACUCAAUUAGAAUCUUCAUGGGAGCUCCAUACAAAUAGGCAGUUUAUUGAGGGAGAAAACACUUGGCGAGAUUUAAUGAAGACUGCUCUGGAAAACUUAAUUGUCCUUCUGAAGGAUGAAAAUACUAUAUCACCAUAUGAAAUGUGCAGCAGUGGCUUGGUGCAGGCUCUUCUUACUGUUUUGAAUAAUAAUGUGGAUUUUGAUUUCAAACAAGAUUGUAGUCAGCUAGUGGAAAGAAUAAAUGUAUUCAAAACAGCUUUCAGUGAAAAUGAAGAUGAUGAAAGUCGUCCAGCAGUUGCAUUAAUUCGGAAACUCAUAGCAGUAUUAGAAUCUAUUGAACGUCUACCUCUACACUUGUAUGAUACACCAGGAUCAACGUAUAAUCUUCAGAUAUUAACAAGAAGGUUGCGGUUUCGCUUGGAGCGUGCUUCUGGGGAGACAGCUUUAAUAGACAGAACAGGUCGAAUGUUGAAAAUGGAGCCCUUGGCAACUGUAGAAUCUUUAGAGCAAUACCUCCUAAAAAUGGUGGCAAAGCAGUGGUAUGACUUUGACAGAGCAUCAUUUGUUUUUGUACGAAAACUCAGAGAAGGCCAGACAUUCAUUUUCAGACACCAGCAUGAUUUUGAUGAAAAUGGAAUUAUUUACUGGAUUGGAACAAAUGCAAAAACAGCUUAUGAGUGGGUAAAUCCGGCCGCCUAUGGGCUGGUGGUAGUUACAUCUUCAGAAGGAAGAAAUUUGCCUUAUGGCCGUUUGGAAGACAUCUUAAGCCGUGACAGUUCAGCUCUGAAUUGUCAUACUAACGAUGAUAAAAAUGCAUGGUUUGCUAUAGACCUUGGUCUUUGGGUGAUACCAUCAGCUUACACAUUACGCCAUGCUCGUGGUUAUGGACGAUCUGCUCUCAGAAAUUGGGUUUUUCAAGUAUCUAAGGAUGGACAGAACUGGACUACUCUAUAUACCCACGUUGAUGACUGCAGUCUGAAUGAACCAGGGUCAACAGCAACAUGGCCACUAGAUCUACAAAAGGAUGAGAAGCAAGGUUGGAGGCAUGUAAGAAUUAAGCAAAUGGGGAAGAAUGCCAGUGGGCAAACACACUACCUCUCUCUUUCUGGAUUUGAACUUUAUGGCACUGUGAAUGGUGUGUGUGAGGAUCAGCUAGGAAAAGCAGCUAAAGAAGCAGAGGCUAAUCUGCGAAGGCAGAGGAGACUGGUACGCUCUCAAGUUCUGAAGUACAUGGUUCCAGGUGCCCGUGUCAUCAGAGGAAUUGAUUGGAAAUGGAGAGAUCAGGAUGGUAGUUCACAAGGUGAAGGCACUGUUACAGGCGAAUUGCACAAUGGCUGGAUUGAUGUCACCUGGGAUGCUGGUGGCUCUAACUCUUACCGUAUGGGCGCAGAAGGAAAAUUUGACCUCAAGCUUGCCCCAGGGUACGACCCUGAUUCAGCGGCAUCACCCAAACCUGUUUCAUCCACUGUUUCAGGCACAACGCAGUCAUGGAGCAGCUUGGUGAAAAACAACUGUCCAGACAAGAUGACUGCUGCUGCAGGCUCUUCAAGUAGAAAAGGAAGUAGCAGUUCUGUGUGUAGCGUGGCCAGUAGCAGCGACAUCAGCUUGGGUUCGACAAAAAUGGAGCGGAGAUCUGAAAAUGUAAUGGAACAAAAUAUAGUUUCAGGCACUGACGUCCAUGAGCCAAUUGUUGUCCUUUCCUCUGCUGAUGGCAUGCCUCAGACUGAAGUAGGGUCAGCGUCCAGUGCAAGUACCAGCACCUUGACAGCAGAUGUGGGAAAUGAAAAUGUUGAAAGAAAGCUAGGAACUGACAAUUCAAUCCGCGCAACUGGGGAGUCCAAUGCUAUAUCCAUGGGAAUUGUUAGCGUGAGUUCUCCAGAUGUUAGCUCGGUAUCUGAGCUGACAAAUAAGGAAGCUGCUUCUCAGAGACCCCUUAGUUCUUCAGCAAGUAACAGACUAUCAGUGAGUUCACUUCUGGCUGCUGGGGCUCCAAUGAGUUCCAGUGCAAGUGUUCCUAACCUAUCCUCACGAGAAACCUCUAGUUUGGAGUCCUUCGUCCGGAGAGUGGCAAACAUUGCUCGCACCAAUGCCACCAACAACAUGAAUUUAAGCCGAAGUAGCAGUGAUAACAACACUAAUACUUUAGGAAGAAAUGUCAUGAGCACUGCAACUUCUCCUCUAAUGGGUGCCCAAAGUUUUCCUAAUCUGACUACAACUGGUACCACAUCAACAGUGACCAUGUCUACAUCCAGUGUUACUAGCAGCAGCAAUGUAGCCACAGCAACUACAGUUUUAUCUGUUGGUCAGUCACUUAGUAACACUCUAACUACUAGCCUAACAUCAACAUCUAGUGAGAGCGAUACAGGUCAGGAAGCAGAAUAUUCUUUAUAUGAUUUUCUUGAUAGCUGCCGGGCCAGCACUCUGUUAGCGGAGUUAGAUGAUGAUGAAGAUCUACCUGAGCCAGAUGAAGAGGAUGACGAAAAUGAAGAUGACAAUCAAGAAGAUCAAGAGUAUGAAGAAGUUAUGGAAGAAGAAGAGUAUGAAACAAAAGGAGGACGUAGAAGAACAUGGGAUGAUGAUUAUGUUUUGAAACGUCAGUUUUCUGCUUUAGUACCUGCAUUUGAUCCUAGACCUGGCCGUACUAAUGUUCAACAGACAACUGACCUUGAAAUCCCUCCCCCAGGAACACCCCAUUUGGAACUACUGGAAGAAGUUGAGUGCACACCAUCUCCCCGUUUAGCACUUACCUUGAAAGUUACAGGCCUUGGUACAUCUCGCGAGGUUGAGCUGCCCCUAACAAAUUUUCGAUCAACGAUCUUUUACUAUGUUCAAAAAUUGCUACAACUUUCCUGCAAUGGCAACGUGAAAUCUGAUAAGCUUAGACGAAUUUGGGAGCCAACAUACACAAUUGUAUACAGAGAAAUGAAGGAUUCUGAUAAAGAGAAAGAAAGUGGGAAAAUGGGUUGCUGGUCAAUAGAGCAUGUGGAACAGUACCUUGGCACUGAUGAAUUACCAAAGAAUGACUUGAUAACCUACCUGCAGAAGAAUGCGGAUUCAGCCUUUCUGCGCCACUGGAAAUUAACCGGCACUAAUAAAAGCAUUAGGAAAAACAGAAAUUGUUCCCAGCUCAUAGCUGCAUACAAGGAUUUUUGUGAACAUGGAUCAAAGUCCAGUUUAAGCCAGGGAGCUAUUUCCACACUUCAGAACUCAGACAUUCUUAGUUCAAUAAAAGAACAGCCUCAAGCCAAAGCUGGUAGUGGACAGAAUUCCUGUGGAGUAGAAGAUGUUCUACAGUUGCUCCGUAUUUUGUAUAUUGUUGCAAGUGACCCUUAUUCAACUCGAAAUUCUCAAGAAGAAGGAGAUGAACAGCUUCAGUUUAAUUUUCCACCAGAUGAAUUCACAAGCAAAAAAAUCACUACAAAAAUUCUUCAACAGAUUGAGGAGCCGUUGGCACUAGCAAGCGGAGCUCUGCCAGACUGGUGUGAACAGAUAACUAGCAAGUGCCCUUUCUUAAUUCCAUUUGAAACUCGACAGCUGUAUUUCACAUGUACAGCAUUUGGGGCAUCAAGAGCAAUAGUGUGGCUGCAGAAUCGACGUGAGGCCACUGUUGAGCGAACACGAACUACAGGCACAGUGCGAAGAGAUGAUCCAGGAGAAUUCAGAGUUGGGCGCCUUAAACAUGAAAGAGUAAAAGUUCCACGUGGUGAAUCGUUGAUGGAGUGGGCAGAAAAUGUAAUGCAGAUUCAUGCAGACAGAAAGUCAGUCCUAGAGGUGGAGUUUUUGGGAGAAGAAGGAACAGGAUUGGGACCCACCUUGGAGUUUUACGCACUGGUGGCAGCAGAAUUCCAGAGGACAGAACUGGGAGCAUGGCUCUGCGAUGAUGACUUUCCGGAUGAUGAAUCGCGUCAGGUGGAUAUAGGUGGCGGAUUAAAACCUCCAGGAUAUUAUGUACAGCGAUCUUGUGGUCUGUUCACAGCACCAUUUCCACAGGAUAGUGAUGAACUUGAAAGAAUAACCAAACUUUUUCACUUUCUGGGAAUUUUCUUAGCCAAAUGCAUCCAAGACAACAGACUGGUGGACUUGCCUAUUUCUAAGCCUUUCUUUAAACUCAUGUGCAUGGGAGACAUUAAAAGCAAUAUGAGUAAAUUGAUUUAUGAGUCGCGGGGUGACAGAGACUUGCACUGCACAGAAAGUCAGUCAGAGGCGUCUACGGAAGAGGGGCAUGAUUCUCUCUCAGUAGGAAGCUUUGAAGAAGAUUCCAAAUCAGAAUUUAUCCUUGAUCCACCAAAGCCUAAACCCCCAGCCUGGUUUAAUGGGAUUUUAACAUGGGAAGAUUUUGAAUUGGUAAACCCUCACAGAGCAAGAUUUUUAAAAGAAAUUAAAGACCUUGCAAUAAAGAGACGUCUAAUAUUAAGCAACAAAGGACUUUCAGAAGACGAGAAAAAUACUAAAUUGCAGGAACUAAUGAUGAAGAACCCAUCAGGAUCUGGACAUUCUCUUGGCAUAGAAGAUUUAGGGCUGAAUUUCCAGUUUUGCCCUUCUUCCAGAGUAUAUGGCUUUACAGCAGUGGAUCUUAAGCCUGGUGGUGAAGAUGAGUUGAUUACUAUGGAUAAUGCAGAAGAGUACGUGGAUCUGAUGUUUGACUUCUGCAUGCAUUCUGGCAUACAGAAACAGAUGGAUGCUUUUAGAGAUGGCUUCAACAGAGUCUUUCCAAUGGAAAAGCUGAGUUCCUUUAGUCAUGAAGAAGUGCAGAUGAUUCUUUGUGGAAAUCAGUCACCGUCAUGGGCAGCUGAAGAUAUAAUCAACUACACAGAACCUAAACUUGGCUACACUCGAGACAGCCCUGGAUUCCUGAGAUUCGUUAGAGUUUUGUGUGGCAUGUCUUCCGAUGAAAGAAAAGCAUUCCUGCAAUUCACAACUGGCUGUUCAACACUUCCCCCAGGAGGCCUGGCUAAUCUACAUCCCCGUCUCACUGUUGUACGCAAGGUUGAUGCUACGGAUGCAAGUUACCCAUCUGUGAAUACAUGUGUGCACUACCUUAAGUUGCCUGAGUAUUCUUCUGAAGAGAUUAUGCGAGAGCGCCUGCUAGCUGCUACCAUGGAGAAAGGCUUUCAUCUCAACUGAGCUGAUGAAUAGGACACAGGAUAUGACAAACUGGUUUUGCAUUGAUAACUAGUGAAGCCUCUUGUGUUGUAUGUGCAGAAAAUACAAUCUCCACGCUGUGCUCUACUGAGACUUGCCUUUUCCCUCCCCCAUCCAUGAGGCUUUGGAAACACAUGGAAAAUUUGUUAGCUGCUAAUGAAACAAAUCCCAAUGAAUUACACAGCCAGCAAGAAAAAGGCAAGAACACUGUGUGAUGCUUCCAAGGGCUUGUGCAACCAGAAGCUGAAGCAAAUGUUUGACUGUUCCAAAGAGCAGAUCUGCUGAUUUUCAGUGUUCACUGAUACAAGAUUUAUAACAGUGUAUUUGUGUAAAGUUUAGUGUUUAAUACCCUGUACACUACAGUUGCCAUCACUGAUCCCUGUUUUGCUGGCUUUAAGCUAACUGGUCAGAAAUCUGCUUCCAUAAAACUUAGUCAUUGGGCAUCUCAAGCUUUCUUUCCUUCCUUUCAUAGUGCCUGCACUAUAGGAGUAUGCUAGUGUUGAGGGGGGGGGUGUUUGCGUAUAAUCAUGCACAACCUUUUAUUAUUAUUUCAAGUGGGAAUACAUUUUGAUUUCUAAAUGCCCUGCUAUAAAGAUUAAAUCCUUGUAUGUGUGUAUGUGUGUGUGCGUGCAGCUCAACAAUAAAGCUUUUAAAAGACACUGAUCCCUGGUGCAAGGCCCACUUUAAAGCAAGUUUUACUUUUGGUUGUAUUUUCUUUGUAUAUUAAAAACAUUUAUUUAACUUGUUGCAGUUUGAAGUUUAAAAAAAGAUUUCCAAUGUGUAUGCUCAACAUUAAUCAUUAAAAAGUUUGCAGCGUAUGAAACCGCUUACUAGUUCUUCUGUUACAUUGGUAUACAGAAUAGUGCCUUGAAUUCUAAUGCUUUAUUUCUUCAAAUAAAAAUACUUGGUCUUGUA